UUUGUAUUGUUUGACGUAAUUUGUGUCUAUAUAUAGUGUUUUGUGUGUAUUAGUGACCAAAAUGGCAGAACAGUGGCUGAAGAAGGCUAUGAAGUCUGUGACUGAAUAUAACCGACAAUUAAAUGCCGAGCGAAGAGAAGACAGAAAAGUUUGCAUCGAUUUGCAGACCUAUACUAUUAACCAACCGUUAGGGUUGGGUCUCAACAAUAAGAGUCUCCGACGAAACACUAGACGAAUCGGUAGAUAUCCGGUCGCACUCUUCCACAAUCACUAUCAGGAUUGGUAUCUCAAGUAUUCAUCACAAGAAUUGAAGUAUUUUCCGUUGAAUACCGUACUCUAUGGACCCAUCAGUGAUGCCAACACUUUGCCACCACUUCUUCAGACGGGCACAGCCAGCAAUUCUGAAUCGGAAAUUGGUUCAGACAUUGGUUCCGACGACGAAAGCUCUUGUAGUCGUUGUAGUGGUCGUGACGGACAUGAAGAUGUGGACGACGAUAGUUCCGAUAGCGAUGACUGUAGUCCUCCGCAAUUGGAGCGACAAAGAGAUACCAAAGUGAACGCUGUCUGCAAAGUGUGCAAAACAAUGAAAAAUCAGGAACUUCUUCAUUGUUCAGAUUGUGAUAAUAGUGGUCACCCAUCGUGUCUUGAAUUUACCGAUGAAAUGAUUGGUGCCAUACGUCUAUAUCCGUGGCAGUGUAUGGACUGUAAAACGUGUGUCCAUUGUGGACAACCUCACGAUGAGGACCGUAUGAUGUUUUGCGACAAAUGCGACCGCGGAUACCAUACCUUUUGUGUCGGACUCAAGACUAUACCGCACGGCCGUUGGGUUUGCCUUUUGUGUGCCAACUGUGCCCAAUGCGGUGCUAAAAGUCCGGCACCGGUCUCUCAAAAAGGCGCCCAAUGGCAACAUGAGGUCAUCAAAAUAGUCAGUCCUAAUGGCGAGACUAUGACAAGGCAUCAGGUUUUAUGUCACGCCUGUUAUCGCUCACGAAAACAAAGAUCUAAUUCUUAAAAACA